CACUGGGCGGGUACUGGGAGCUGUUACUGGGAGCACUGGGGUUACUGGGAGGGUACCGGGGGCCGUCACUGGGAGCACUGGUGUGACUGGUGCCCCCCCCCGCCCAGCGCUGCCCCCCGCCCCAGCCCCCCCCCGGGCCCAGCCCCGUCCCGACAAGUUCCCCGACAGCCUGGACCCCCCCGAGGGCGGCGCGGCGUGGGCGGGCCCCGGGGCCGCGCUGUCCAAUGAGGCGCUGCUGUUCCACGAGAAGUGCGGGGCCCUCAUCAAGCUGAGCAAUGGGCACAAGACGGCCGAGCGCCGGCGGCCCCUCGACGAGUUCAACAACGGCGUCGUCCUCACCAACCGGCCCCUGCGCGACGGCGAGAUGUUCGAGAUCCGUAUCGACAAACUGGUGGAUAAAUGGUCGGGCUCCAUCGAGAUCGGGGUGACGGCCCAUAACCCCAACAGCCUGGAGUACCCCGCCACCAUGACCAACCUCCGCUCCGGCACCAUCAUGAUGAGCGGCUGCGGGAUCCUGACCAACGGGAAGGGGACGCGGCGCGAGUACUGCGAGUUCAGCCUCGACGAGCUGCAGGAAGGGGACCACAUCGGGCUGACCAGGAAAGCCAACAACGCCCUUCACUUCUACAUCAACGGCAUCGACCAAGGGGUGGCGACGACGCUGACCCCGUUGGUGGUCUACGGGGUGGUGGACCUCUACGGGAUGGCGGUGAAGGUGACCAUCGUCCACAACCACAACCACAGCGACCGCCUGCGCCGCAACAACGCCAUCCUGAGGGCGUUGUCCCCCGAGGGUGGCCGACGUCCCCCGGUGUCCCCUCAGCCCCCCGCUGGGCCACCGGCCGGGCCACCGCCGCCCCCCCGCCUCCUCUUCCACCCCAACUGCGGGCAGAAGGCGGCCGUGGUCAACGAGGGACGCACGGCUCUGCGGCCACACGCCACGGACGACUUCAACCACGGGGUGGUGCUGAGCGCCCGGGCGCUGCGGGACAACGAGCUCUUCCAGGUCCGCAUCGACAAGAUGGUGGACAAGUGGGCGGGGUCCAUCGAGAUCGGGGUCACCACCCACAACCCCGCCUACCUCCAGCUGCCCUCCACCAUGACCAACCUGCGCUCAGGCACCUGGAUGAUGACGGGCAACGGGGUGAUGCACAACGGCACCACCGUCCUGGACGAGUACGGCCACAACCUCGACCGCCUCAAGGCGGGGGACACGGUGGGGGUGGUCCGCAGGGACGAUGGCACCCUCCACUUCUUCGUCAACGGGGCGGCGCAGGGACCCGCCGCUUGGAACGUCCCCCCCAACGUCUACGCCGUGGUGGACCUCUACGGCCAGGCCGCCCAGGCCACCAUCGUGGAGGACGGCGAGGUGACGUCGGUGGGGGGCGAUGGCUCGGAGGGUGACACCCCGGGGUCCCCCGAAAGCCCCUCCCCGGGGGGUUCCCCCAGCGACCUGCGCUUCCACCGCCUGCACGGCACCAACGCCGUCAUCACCAACGGCGGGCGCACGGCGCUGCGCCAGAACUGCCGCUCCGAGUUCAACGACGCCAUCGUCAUCUCCAACCGGGCGCUGCGGGACGGGGAGCUCUUCGAGAUCGUCAUCCAGAAGAUGGUGGAUCGUUGGUCCGGCUCCAUCGAGGCGGGCGUCACCGCCAUCCGCCCCGAGGACCUGGAGUUCCCCAACACCAUGACGGACAUCGACUACGACACCUGGAUGCUGAGCGGCACGGCCAUCAUGCAGGACGGCAACACCAUGCGGAACAACUACGGCUGCGACCUGGACUCGCUGGGGACGGGGUCGCGCAUCGGGAUGAUGAGGACGGCGCGGGGCGACCUGCGCUACUUCAUCAACGGCGCCGACCAGGGCGUCGCCUGCUCGGGGCUGCCGGCCGAGGUGUACGCGGUGGUGGAUCUCUACGGCCAGUGCGUCCAGGUGUCCCUCACCGGGGCCACCGGCCCGGCCGACAACAGCCUGGCCACCAGCGGGGCCACCGAGAAGGCCUGUCCCCUCCCCUCCCCAGCCCCCGGGCCCUGCCAGCGCUUCCACGGCCGCUGCGGGCAGAACGUGGCGCUGGGGGCCGAGGGGCUGGGGGCCGCCCGGGUGGCCGGCUACUGCCACGGCCUGGUCUUCAGCCGCUCCCACCUGCGGCCCGGAGAGCUCUUCGAGGUGCGGAUCGAGGCGCUGGACGAGCGCUGGGCGGGCUCGGUGCCUGGGCUGACGGCGCUGCCCCCCGGGCAGGGCCCCCCCGGUCCCCCCGCCCUCCCCGCCACCCUCCUCGACCUGCCCGCGCCCCCCACCUGGGUGGUGGCGGGGGCCGAGGUGCGGCGCAACGGCACCCUCACCCGCCACAACUACGGCGUCUCCCUCGACCGGCUGGCGGUGGGGAACCGUCUGGGGGUGCGGCGCGGCCCCGACGACACGAUGCACAUCCUGGUGGACGGGGAGGACAUGGGCCCCGCCGCCACCGGCGUCGCCAAGAACGCCUUUGUGGCGCUGGACCUGUACGGGCGGGUGACGGCCGUCUCCAUCGUCAGCGCGGGGGGGGGCGGCAGCGGCGGCCCCUCCCCCACCCCCUCCCCCACCCCCAGCCCCUCCCCCACCGCCGGGACCCCCCUCGCC